AUGUGUAGCACACUGAGCAUUGAAAAGUUGGAGCGGCUCAUCCAAGAACGCAAGGCGAAGGCAGCCGAGCAGAAAGAGGUAGCCGAGCGUGCGUUGGCCGCAGAGCUGGAGAAGGCGGCUCGCGAAGCGGCGGAAGCGGCGGCGAGAGUGCAAGCCGCGAAGGAAGCGUUGCGGCAGGCGGAGGCGGCCACAGGUCUGGUGGCCGCGGAACAAAGAGCGGCCAUCGAAGCGACCAACAGAGUCGUUUCGGAAAUCGAGGCGGCGGCCGACUGCGUUGAAGACGGAGAGGUCUUUGGGCGCCCGCGGACGUUUGCUGGGAUGACUCGCGCUGACGCGGUGCGAGUGACGGAGUGCAUGGCACGGCUGCGCGAGAUUUCGGAUUACGCCCCGUUGGACGCCAGGCGCGUGGAGGCGCACUUGGAGAUGCUUCGGAGCGGCGGCCAUGACGAUUUGAAAUGGCACAUCGGGAUUGUGUACGCCCUCGAGCACAUUUGGGUGGCGGAGGCGCACCCAUUGAAGUUCACGGCCUUCAAGGAGCGCAUGAAGACCCAGUACCCUGGAUGGGUCGUGGACGUGAGGUUGAUUGCGCGGCGAGGAGACGAAACGAUGUUGGAGCACAUCAGCGGUUUCGUCUCCGCGUUGGUGUGA